AUGUGUCCGUCCCCAGAUGGUGCGCUUUGCCCUGUAGGUCGAGAUCGCCAACAAGACUCCGGCGAGCACGCACAGGGCACAUCACUUACGUCGCAUUCUGCUCAAAUCGCACCAUCGGAUGAUGUCCCAUAUCAGUUCGACGCGAACGGCAAUCCACAGCUGGUAUUCCGCAACUCCGAGGAAGCGCUUGCUUACCGUCGACGUGUGACAAUGCCAUCUCAGCUCUCGCCUUCCACGGAUCCCACCAUUAUGGACGUCUUCAACCAUCGGGAAGCAUACGUCGCGGAGAUGAUACGGGCCAUGUACAACCUUGAUGGUGUCCGGGACAAACCUGAAGCACGUGAGCGCAAACUGUUCGACCUUGGGCAGCCCGACGCCACAUGCGGCUACGAAGUCGAGGCAGCCUGUCGGGUUUUAUUCGACACCGUGAUUGAUCGCUGUUGUCAGGGCUACCGUGGCGCAACGAAAGAUAACAAGGCCGGUACACCGCGAAACUACGAGAGCGACCGGGAUGGUAACUGUACAACCCGCAUCCAGAACGUGAUCAAUUGCCUUCGCCAAUGGAAAGCCGCCUGCCGCGAUAUUCUCUGCGAUGACUACCGAUGCAUCCUAUUGGCAAACCAUCCACUCGCCUAUGCGGGGUGCAAGGUCUCUUACCAGCGGAAUAAUAAUUUGAAGAAAGUCGCCAUCGAUAAGUCCAAAGCUGUUCUGGCUCGAGAAGCAGACGUCAUAUCUGCCGCAGAAAUGGCACGAGUCCAAGGCAAUUUGCUUCCGAAACCAGGUCCCGCAUCUACUGCCACCGACCUGGAUGCUGAACGCGUGGUGAACAAUAAUCGAGGUAACCGGACGGAGGUGACGAAUGACCACUACAGCCUGUCCGACCUAGCUGCAAAGCAAGCACACACGCGUAUGGAGGGCGGGCAAGGCACUUCCUUCGCCCAACCUCUUCUUGGUAACAAUGCAGGUGAGGCUGUUGACGGUAUAACAGCCUCGUCGUACCCAAAAGACGGUCUGCCGCCUGACUUCGUUGCGCCAGCGAAUGGAUUCUACGGAGCGGAUGUAUGGUACACCUCUACCGCUCACCAUCUACACGUGACAGAUCCUUUCGAUCAUGGCAUGUAUGCGCAAAAUCCUGGAGUUCCGCCGUACAUGGACAUGACAACGCCGAAACUGACGGAGGCGGGCUGGCUUGACAAUGCGCCAGCGACAAUUUUCGACGCUGCCUUUGAUGGUGCUGCUUUCUAUUUGCCGUCUCCACCCCCUGCCGGAGUUGGCACCAAACGUGAGCCUACCGACGAGCCCGACGAGCAGGGUCUAACUCGCCCGACGUACUCCAAACGACUGAAACAAUCUGACUCGAAGCUAUGCUACGGCAGCGAGGAUGCAAUGGGUGUGCGGAUGGCGUAUCGCGAUUCGCACGCUGUAGAAGCCGAAAUGGCAUAUGCGGACAAGUAA